CUGUUUCCACAGCUGUCUCGUUUCCACUUUAGUUUCUCUUUAAAAUUUUCCCCACGGCUCUUUUUUUGAUUUUGCUCUCUAUAUUUUUACUUUCUAAACUUCACGUUUCCGCGGUUAUUCGCGCCGUUCACCGAGUUUUGACGGUCACGCUGCUGUUUGAUGCCGGAGCGGGAAGUUCGAAUGAGGCUAGCUGCUGUUAGCCUGUAUGCUAACGCUCCGCCGAUAGUCACCAAAACUGUUCAAACUAAAUAAAAUCAAACCAUAUUAAAUUAAACUAAAUGGAUUAAAACCGUGCCGAUGUUUCGCCAGCCCGCCGUUAGUUCUCACACACCCCGGGAUUUACCCGGUGAUCUCAGCCCGGAUCAAUCCUCCUACAGCUCGGACACCGGGGACAUUUUAAUCCGUUCCACCAGGAUUCUCCUCCCGGACCGGAGAUGUGGCGCUGGAUCGGGACCCGGAUCGGUCCAGAUAACCGUCCAGAAGCUGAAGGACCCUGCCCCCGUCCAGCAGCAGCCGCCGCGGGCGAAGCCACGACAGAAGCCGGAAACCUGUGCUCUUCCACGGCCAGCGGCAGGCGGUCAGCCCGGUAAGAGCUCCGACAGGUGGAUGCUGAAGGAACCUGGACAGACCAAAGAGAACCAGGAACCCUCAGGAAAACCUCCAACAGAAAAGAGGAAGCUCUCUGCUGGGACGCAGAGUGACCAGCAGGCUGGUCACGACCUCCUGACUUCACGUUUCACCCCUGGAGGUCGAGGAGUCGUACUCACAGCUCUCAAACAAUGCUCUCACAGCGCCCCCCGCAGGAGAGAGGUCAAAGUGAAGCUGCUGAAGCCAGAAUCACUGAAGGACAGCUCUCAGGGUGCUCCUGGUCCGAGGUCCAGCUCCCAGCAUGUAGUGGGGGUCCAGCGAGUGGCGGGGCUGUCCUCCGGUCACCAGGGAGACACCAGCAGUGCAGCUGCAGCCCCUCUCAUCAAGGCUGCUUCGUCUCCUUCUCGUGUGCAGGCUCAGUCGGACGUUGAGGCUCGAGUGUGUCGGCUGGAGGACGACGUUCAGAGGCUGCUGCAGGUGGACAGGGAGGGCGGGGACGGGGGGCGGAGCCUGAGCCAGCAGACCCUGCAGCACCUGGAGAUGCUGCACAGCCAGCAACUGCAGCUGCAGAGCCAGCUACUGGAGUCAGCCCUAAGGAUGGUAACCAGCCACGCCCCCAUGACCUCUACUACCUCUGAGCUUACAGCCUCAGGUCAGCCGGCCCAUCUGCAGGUCACACACCUGGACGCUGCAGCAAAUGUCCUGAGCAACCAGCGGCGAAGCUCCUCAGCAACCAGAGCUGCCGCCGUCACCGCUGCUGCUGCUGCAGUGGAGACCAGACCAGUUACCAUGGCAACACCCAGCCGUGACCGAUGGCCAGAGCAAACCAGAAGUGACCAGUAUCGCCGAGGUACUCCCAGCGUUUCCACAGCAACCCAGCCACCUGAAAGAACUGACUUGCAGCCUUCAGCCAAUCACAGCCAGGCGGUGGUAAGGAAAGCCAAUGAGGUGCUAAGGGAGGUGGGACAACUGAGGACUGAGAUGAAGAUGCUGCUGACACAGCCAGCAGAGACUCUGAAAACUACCAGACCUCCACCAGACAACCAUCAGUCUCAGUCAAACCUACUUCAGUCCCAACUAAACCACUUACAGUCCCAACAAUCCCAGUCCCAGCCUCAACAACAUCAGUCCCAUCGAAACCUCUCUCAGCCAAACCAUUUCCAGUCCCAACAAAAUCAUACCAAGUUCCAGUCCCAGUCUGGGCUGGUUCAGAGGAAGCAUGUGGUUCCGUCCAUUUUGGAAGAAGCACAUGAGGUUCUUCGUCAAGUUCAGAGAAGGAAGAAGGUUCUGGAGGAGAACCUGGAGGCAGUGCAGAGAGCCAAGACUGGAGAAAUCCUACACUGCCAACUGGAGGCACUGGCUGCUAACAGAGACUGGACUGCGGAGGUUCGGAUUAAGAAGACCGUAGAUGCCUGGAUUAGUGCUUUAUCCAAAGACAUUCAGGCUGAGACGUCCUCAGAGGACGCUGCACUGACAUCAGAGCUGAGGACUGCGAGGAGUUUCGCCCGCACAGGAACGGGCAGGCCAGUGAGCGCGCUCAGAGAGACGGGAAGUAAGACAGCGGUGGUGAGAGGAGGCCAAGGACAGAGAGCGAGACAAGGACCGGUGCAGGGGGUGAAGCCUGGCAGAGUUCCAGGUGUGCCGACAGACAGUGAACAGCUGGAGGGAGAGUCGUACCUGACACGUCUGUACGGCAGAGCUCCGUAUGAAGGUCUGAGACGAACCCUGAAGAAGAGUCCGUACCUACACUUCAGCUCACCUGUGUCACCACUCCGCAGGAAGCCCCGCCCCCGCCUGGUGGAGAGCAUCAGAGGUGUGAAGGUGAAGUCUUGUAAGACUCAGACCAGCUUGGCUCCUCCCCUCAGCCCAUCACCUGGACAACCUCAUCAUCAAGAUAUGGUCAGCUCCUCCCACAUGACCUUCGCUGACCCCACUGACCUCACAGUGACCCCUGCAGAUGCUUACUCUGUUCCCAUGACGAUCCCACUGGGCCGUCGCAGGAUUGGCCCUUCCUCCAGGUGUCCCACUGAGCGUCAGCAGGAAGUGCCAUCACUACCCACACCUACUUCCACAUUUGGUGCAGCUGCUGUGGCUGAUGGAGCACCUGAGCCACAGCCACAGAGGGAGGAGCAUCUGGAUGCAGGUGAAGAUCCUCCUCCUCCUCCUCGUCCAUCAAAUGCUGUCAUUGAGACGAAGAGCGAGGAUGAGGAGAAUGUUUUUCCUGGAACUGACUUCCUGUCUGUAGCUGAUGUGGUCCAGGAGGAGGUGAGUGUGGUGGGUGAGGAGGCUGUGGAGGUCGAUGGGGGUCCAUCUCCUCCUCCAGUCCUGUACCAGGGUCCAGCCUUCCCUCCCCAGGCCCGCUCUGCCCUCCCUGCCCAGGGACCGGCCUCCAUCCAAGACCCUGUCCAGCAGAGAGAGACCCUGGAGAACCAGCUGAUACAGUGGGUGGAGCAGCAGCUGAUGUCCAGGAUGAUCUCAGAGAUGUACUGCCCCCUUCCCCCCGACCCCACCCAGAAUGUUUCCACCGACCAAUCAGAGCUUGAGGAGCGGAGCGUCACCUCAGACAUUGUGGAGGCAGCAGGAGGUGGAGGUCUGCAGCUGUUCGUAGACUCCAGCAUGUCCGUGGACUCCACUGUGAUCAGGCAGCUGGUUAAUGAGGUUCUGACAGAGAUUGUGGCUCUGAUGCUGGGACAGAGAGAUCCACUGGACACAGGACCAGGACCAGCAGCAUAUCAGGAGGACAAACUGGUUCCUCUGGUUUCUACACCAGUACCAACCCCUCCACCCAGUCAGACCACGCCCGUUGGACAAACCCCGCCCACCACCACACCCCUUCCAUCUGAACCAACCAGCCUACUGAAUGAGGCGUCUCCUCAGCCAAUCACAGCUCCAGAGCCAGUGGCCACGCCCACAUCCAGCCCAGAGCCUGCUCCCGUCGCAGAAAGUUCACCUGGCCUUCAUCCUGACCCGCCCCCUCUAACCUGGGGAGAUGCUGAGCUGCCACUGGACGAGGAGAGACCGGAGGAACACCUGGAAACACACAAACAAGCAAUGGUGAUGUCAGUAGCAGAGGAGGAGCCUCCUCUCUCCUCCCCCUUUUCUCCUCCUCCUACCUCCCUCCCUCCUGCUCCCUCCCCGUCUCCUCACCUCGGUCCUGACCCCAGAGCAGCAUCCCCCUCCAGCUCUUCAGGGGACUCCAGCUCCAGUGGUUCCAGUGGUUCCAGUAGCAGCAGCAGCACAGUGACAGCAGGGACUGACGCAGCACUGAGACACAUCUCAGAGGGAGAACUGCUCAUCAGUGUCAACCAGCUGGCUGCCACCACAGAGGAGGAGGCCGUCUGCAGUUUCUCCAGCUCUCUGCAGGAGCUGCAGGACAUGGACUAUGAUCCCCCCAGUGAAGGACAAGUCAGAGGUCAUGACCUCCUGCUGGCCCGAGGAGAGAGACCACAACCAGAGGGCUCCUGGGGGAGGGAGGACCAAGAUCAGGAGGAGGUGAGCGUGGGAGAGGUGAGAGAUGAUUGGACUACAGAUCCCAGGAGCAACAGCAAGGGCACAGCAGCCAGGCGGAGUCAAACGUCCUCACCUGGACAGAUCAGUCAGUGUGCAGAUGUGUCAGACGUCAGUUUUGAAGUGACCAAUCAGGGCUUGGUUACCAUGGGCAACCUGAUGGUGGAGCCACUUGGUACACUGACCUCUGACCUCCAGACCGACCUUUCACUGUCUCCUCCUCCUCCACACCUGGAGAACAUGACACCUGCAGCCAGACACAAGGAGGAGGGAGGAGCCGGGAGGAUGGAUGUUCAUCUGCCCUCCAUCAGACAGGUGGAGGAGGAGGAGGAGGUGGAGGUCGGAGCAGCAGCUGAUACAGACUCAAACCAGAGAAGAGAAACUGAGGAGUCAGUGUAACUGUUUAUAACAGACUGUCGUGUUGUUGUAAGUAUGACGGAAACCAACGAUUAUUUCAACUCCUUAUUGAAAUAACCAGCAGGAACCAGCUGGAACCAGCUGGAACCAGUCUGUGUCACUGGGAUCUGAUUCACUGUAAACCACACACUGGGUUCUAAAGUCUCCUGCAGCUCCAGGACUGUUCCGUCUCCUCAGCUGUUUGAAUUCAGCUCGGAGCUGAUCACUGAUCAAUAACACUGAUCAUUAUGUUAGAUUCUGUCGUUGAAAUAAAUAAAAGCUUUAAUAAA